UUCACUCACUAUCUUUUUUAAAUCUGUUGACUUCAACAGAACAUAACGCACUGCGACCAAUAACAUUAUAUCACGAGUCGAAUUGAUGACAAAACUUGAAUAUGUAUGUAAACAACGAAAAUGAUAAUAGCCCCUAGUUUGACAGUCAUUUCAUAAAAGACUAAAUAUAUCAAACAGAUAACAAAACAUGAAUUAUAUAGUAAAAAGCCGCGUUAUAAACAAUUGUUAUCGAGUUGAAAAGUUAAUUUGCAUAGUAUUGAUGCGGGUGCAACUGUAUAAAUGUGUUAAAGUUCCCCAACACAGUACAUUAUUGGCUGCAGUGAAGUUUGCGUAGUGUUUAAAAUGUUGUUCAUCAGCGUUUCAAUCCUUGUGAUAAUAUCCAACACAUUUGCUACGGUUUUACCUUACACAAAUAAGGAUGACAACAAGAGCGAUACGUUUAAUGAAAUACCAUGUUUGAGUAUCGGCGGAAUUUGUAUCGCAUCUGUUGAAUGUCCCGAAGGACAACGAUCUCUUGCCGGCCUGUGUCCUCUACAACACAGGAUGAACAUCGAAUGCUGUCACUCGCUGCCGCUAUCAGAAAACAGAUGUCAUCGUCGCGGCGGUCUUUGUAUGGAUCGAGAUGCGAUUUGUCCAGAAAAUCUUUUAUUCAAAGAAGCACGCGAUUGUGAGUUCAACGAAAAAUGUUGUAUCUUAGUUGAUUAA